ACCGGAAGUGCCUCUACGAGCUACUGCUGCCACGAUUUGAGCUUGUACUUACUGAAUCAUUCCGCACCGCUGUUUGUUAGCAUGCUAGUCUGUCUCCUGCUGCUUUUACAACUAAAAUAAUACGGUGGGGCUGCUGUACGUAUGUUUACUUUUGUUCUCUUACGCCUUUAGUAUGUUUCGACUUUACCUGUUUCGGUAUUAAACGCUCACCAGCUCAGCUUUAGUUAUGUGGGUUAGCUAGCUGUUGUUACAUCUCGGCAGCUAACGUUAGCGAAGACAACACAAUAACGUGAACCUGACGUUACUACCACUGUAUCCUGAUGAACCUCAUGGAGGACUACGACAAGUUCGUGCAGCGUCGUUUCUCCCGUCUGAGGAGAAGUGAGGAGGAGGAGGAGGAGGAGGAACACAGCAGACCUUCACCUGCAUCAUCUCUCAUCCGUGUCCAUGGACGACCCAUCCUUCCUCCUCUGCUCUCGGGAGAGCAGAGAGCGGAGAUGCAGCGACACAGAGAUGCAGCAAAGAAAGCUGCUGGCCACAGGAAGUUGAAGGCUCAUCCAAGAAUGGCCUACGUGCAAUCUAUUCUACACAGUGUUCAGCUGAGGACGACACCAACAAUGGAGGAGUUGCUUCAGGAGUCAGAGAUUAACAUCAGAUCUUCAUAUUCCCAGAACACCAGUGGUGGAUCAGCUUCACAGAGUCAUUUUUUCAAUGAAACAACAAAGGAUAGUCCGUCGCUCUCGCCACCCGUUGUAAGGAAAAGAGAGGAUGGGCUUUCUCCUCCUCGGUUGGCAUCAACAGUGUCUAGUGCCUUUCUCAUUUCCAACGUGACACCUCAGGGAAGUUACAAUGAAAGUUGCCUUGCUGACCAACAUGACAGCCAACAGGGACCGCAGCCAAGUUCUCCUAAUGGUGCGAUUCACGAGUCAGUAUCCUCAGGUUACGUGACCUUUGAAAAUGUCGAAAACACUGUCUUUGUGUCCGGAAUGAUUGAUGCAGGGAGCGGGAUCUGUGGCUUUAGCUCCUCAGAGGGAGCCUAUAGUAUGGAUGGCUUUUUCCUUCAAAGCACCUCAAACACAAUCACCAAGAUGCCAGAAAUUAUUAGCCACCCUCCCAUAGAUGGAGAGGAACUAGAGAGGAGUGGACUGGAGUUAUCCCUUUGUAAUAACUUCAUUGCAGAACAAGACAUUUGUUGCAUCUCAUUCCAGGAUGAUUCAGCCACAUGUGACAGUUUAACAGCAGAAACAUCUGAAAGCAGUCUUCUGGAGAGCACAGAGAGUGGAGAUGACGUUCAGUCGACUGGAAAACAUGACCUGGACAGAGAUCACAUUUUGGACAGAAGUGAGGACCCAGUUUCUUUAUUAGAAAACAGUGGCUUUUCAGAUAAUCCAGAAUUAUCUGACACAUUAAGCACUCAUUGCAAUCCAGCAGCACAACUACAUACCGAGCAUGAACCCACAGAACCAGCAGACAGUAGUGUAGAUGAAGCAAAACCAUCUGAGGAGCCAUAUCAUACGAGCCUCCAGGCCUUGCUGAAGAAAUCUCAGGAGUAUCGUCGGCACCAGCGGAUGCUUAGGAACCAAGCCAAAAACACUAAAGUUCAGAAGAGGAAUCAAGAGCCAAAAACAAGGCCAGAGGAUCAGAGCCUCUCCGAUAAGGAGAAUGAGGAGUCCCCCUGUAAGGUGACUGUGACUCCAGAGGAGAAGAAGACAAGAAUGAUUGAGAGUGACUUCACUGGGAAAAUAACUGAUGUCAAAUCUGAAAGCAAACAUUUAACAGGAGAUAUUAAUACUAAGGAAAUUACUAGAGUUGAGGAAGAAGAAAUAACUUUCAAAAAUAAUAAGCUAAACAGUUCACAAGAGGUUUUAACAGAGCCUAAGCAAAUCAGCGCCAUCAUCCAGCAACAACCUGUGGCAAAAGAAGUCUCCCCAGUCCAGGAAGCCUUUUACUUGCCCACUGAGCAGAGUAACCUCUGUCCCGGAUAUAUUUUUCCAAGAGUAAGGAAAAGUUACACAAUCCCAGCCCCUCAUUUCUGUACGAGUCCAGUUUGUUCCAAAUGCAGAGUAACUAAUAAAAAUGGAGAACCCGUUGACGGGGCACAGACCUCAAAGAAGAAAGUUGUGGUCAAUACUCUCUUGCAUGAAGACCAAACUGAUGAGCUCGAAAGAAACCUGGGACAUCAAAACAGCCACACAGCAGUUCCCUCCACUGUGAAUCUGAUGGUUCCAGGUGCUUUAGCCAAGAGCUCAGAGCACAUAGACCAGCUUGAGUCAAACCUGUCCAGUCUGAAAGUACUGAUCUCAGAUCUGGUGUCCACAGUGAAAGAAAACCUGGAGAAUCACAGCCAGACUGAGAGCACCACGGAAAGUGAGUUCAGUUUUAAAGGUGGCGAGCAUUCUGAGCAAAGUAGAAAUGACCAACAUGCGCAGCUGUGUCAAAAUGAUUGUGACUCUUUUGAGGACAAUCUGGGGGGUGCUGAUUUUGAUAGCAGCGAUUCAGAAUACAGGGAUUUACCAAGAAGACAAUCAAUAGACAAUAACAAAAAGAGUAAGGAAGAUACAGGACCUGAACCAAUCUUCAGUGACGCAGAUGAUUUCUCUGUCAACGUGCUGGGAGAAGGAGAUGAAUCAGUUAAUUCAAGAGAGAUCAGGCUCGUUAACACCUUAGUUACAGAGAGAGUAAAGGAAAAAGGAACAGGUAAAGAAAGACUCACAGUGAGUUAUGGCAGCAGUAGAAUGCAGCCGCCACCAGCUAAAUGUAUCCUGUCUGCUGCACAGCGGAUGCGUAUUCCCGAUGUCUUCAGAAACAUUCCAUCAGAAAUUAUGAUUCCAUGUAACGUGUCCGUGCUUUCGGAUACCAGUAACCAACCAGUGGAGAGGAGGAAUGAGAUGGCGGUGGAAGGUCUUAACUCUUCUCAGUCGCCGUCUCUCAACCAGUCAUAUGAUGUGGACACGCCAUCUGAUCUGUGGCUCCUCGACGGAUCAGGAUCCGACUCGGGCUCAAAAAGUGGUGUCGUUGAAGGAAAACACAUGACCCCAGAAUGCAGGGAUGAAGGUCAGGGAAGGUUAGCCAAGGUCAAACGCAGACUGCUCAUGCAAACAGCAGAAGAGACCCAGGGAAGGAGUCCAGAUACCAACGGAGGAGGAGGAGACCGUGUGGUCAGACCCAGGUCCAGUACUCCCAGAGGGAGUGCGGUGUCACAAUCUGCCGGACUGUGGUACAAUGGCCAUGGAAGUCAAAAGAAGCAAGAACAGUUGAAACAGGUCCAUGCUGCUCAGAUCCGAGCCCUGCAACAUGAACACAGGAGACAACAGCAAGAACUACGACAGGCAUUAGCUGCGCGUUACCAUCUCCUCCAGAGCGUGUCCUUACCCUGCUCCGUGUCAGCCUCACGUCUCGGGGACACGCUGACCUUUUCUACCCUCUCUCAGCCUUCCAGCUCACAGUCAGAGCACUACCGCCAUCUGCUGUCAGCGGCUGUGAAAGGUUAUCUGACGCGCAGGCUGCUGAGGACGGAGAGAGUGGCACAGCUGGUGCGCACCAUCAGGGACACGCGGCAGUUCCUGCUUGCCUUCCAGCUGCAGAACCCCAACCGAGGAGAAUUGUUUAGCAGACAGGACCUUUUACUGCAGGAGAGAGUUACUCUGCAGCUGCGCGCUGCACUUUAUGGGGUCUACGACAUAUUCUUCGUCCUGUCAGCCGGAGAGAGGAUGCAGUUCAUCAGCUUGGACAGAGACCUGACCAGAGAGAGAGAGCUUAGACGACAGAGUGAAGACACAGUCCAACCCAGAAGGAUGAGUUUUCUGUCAGCUGCUACGCAAAAAGCACUGGAGAGGAAGAGAGGAGUGAUUGGUUCAAACCUGCUUUCUCUUCCCUCCAGGACCCAGAAGAAGGGAGCGGAGAGGCACAGGAAUGUUGUGAAGAAGACUGGACACAAGACUGGAAUCUCUGCCGAGCAGCCGCAGAAAGCCAAGCGAGGACAGUUCAGAGCAAAUCCUCUGAGGGUCCCCAAGAGCGCUCUCUCCGCUAGACCCCGAUGACACUGUCCUAAUUGGCCCCAGUGAGGACUCCUAAUAAGGCCUCUAGCGAUCACAUGAAUAUUGUAGAACGAAUCUUCUGAGAGUUUCCAAACCUCAAAUCCCAAAUUUAACACAAAGCGAUGCCUGUUGCUGACCAAUGUAUUUUUGUAUUUCAUAUCUAAAGUGCCAGAGAAUGUGUUUUUUACCCUUCUCCACCAGCGUAUAUGAUAUUAUACUGACUAGAGUUGCACUCAGAGUAAUUUCACAUCGAUUGGGUGCUCUGAGUUGGGGAUAAGAUAUCACUGCACCCGCUCCGUCUGCAGCAGAAACUCUUAACCAGCCCUUUUAGAACCUUCAGUGUGCGCACGUUGAAGAAGCUACUGGGGAAAAUGUUUCAUUAGCAAAAAGACUUAAACACCUUUUAAAGCACUGCACCUGAAAGAUGAUGCACAAAGGAAAUGCACAGGUUUAAUGAAUAAAGUUCAUGAUGGCUUCAUUCUAGAAAGACAGAGGCUCAAAAUCUCAGAGUUAUAAGAUAGAUUUUGGAUGGUUGGGAAGCAGGACAAAUUUAAUUAUCCAACACAGGAUUCUUUUUUUAAUUUAUUUUGCCAAUCGGUGCAAGCGGGGAGGCGAAUAAAAGACUUGCUUCCUGUGGCGAGGAAAAUCUCAGAGUUCAACUCCAGUGAACUUUGAGCUGCAAUAUUCAUUUUGCAUUCGAGUAUGUGUGACCGUGCCCAGGAACAUUUUAUUAUCCAGUUCCUUUGUGUGUGUGUGUGUGUAUAUGUGCCUUGUUAAUAACCACAUAGAAGAGACUGUCUCCAGGUGAAUUACCACAUGCUUAGUGCGAUGUUUACAAUAUUUUUAUCCUCAGACAUCCUCCAGUUGUUACUACCUAGCUCCAGAUGUUAGUGAAGAUUGAUGCUAGGACUUUAAUAGUGUGUUACAACUAAGUGUUGCCUAAAUAUGUGUCCUAGUAUAUUGGCAACACACAUCAGCCAAAACAAACACUUAAUUGGUUUUGGAGCUGUUUUAUAUGCUACUUUAUAUUUAUUUUUGUGCAGUUGACAAUAAAUAUUUCAUAACUUUCUAA